UUUUCGCCUGUGUGUCCCGCCUCUGUGCGGUCAAGCAGGAGGGGAAGACACCAAAGAAGAGGCUUGAGGUCAGAGGACGCUGGCCUCGCGCGCUGGCCUGGCCGCCCCGGCCUCCGGCCGGCGCUCCCGGGCGGCGGCCCUUCCCGCGAGAGCGCGGGCCCGCUCGGCCAGCGGAGGUCCGGGCGGCAGCUCUGGGGGGUCGGCCAGGCCUUGUCUCCAUCCGCGAUGCUCCCGAUUUCAAAAGGCUCCAGAGCAAUCUUUGGGUCCUUUCUCCACAAGGAAAAGGAAUAGCAUCUCCGUCGUUCUCGUCACGGUGACUCCGGCCCCAAUGGCCCCCUCUCCCCGGGUCCCGGUGAGUACUCGGUGGCUUUGUUCCGGCCGUGGGUGUCGGCUAUUGAAGUUUGAGAGAUGGCUAGUGAAUGAUGCUUGAUGACAGAUGAGAAAUGCCUCCUGCAUAAAGAUUGAUGGUAUGACGGAAGACUCCUACUUAAUCAAGAGGAAUUGAGAUCAACUUAUCCAUUAAAUUCAGAAACUGUCUUGAAGAGACUUUGGGAAUAAGACAUGUUAAGGCAGAUUUCAUUAACAGAUUCACAGGAUGCUAGCCAUUGACCUUUUCCCUUGUGGUUGUCUUUCUCUUUUCAUGAGGAGAAGUCAGAAGGGGAAAGGAUUGUGACUGGGUGUCUGACAAAUUAUUUUCAGAUUGGGAGAUUUGUCUUAAUGCCAAAUGGUCAGCACCUCAGUGGAAUAUUUUGGAUGGGAAAAAAUCCAGUGUGGUGGAAAUGACCCAUACUUCUAAAGACUAAUGAUGUUGAGCAUAAAUAUGGUCAACUGAUCUUUGACUGAGGAGCAAAGGAAAUGGAAUGUAGUAAAUAUAAUUCUUUUCAACAGAUGGUGCUGGAACAACCAGACACCCACAUGCAAAAGAAUAAAUCUAGACACAGACCUUGCAGUCGUCACAAAAAUUAACUCAAAAUGCAUUGCAGCCCUAAGUGUUAAACACACAGCUAUAAAACUCCUUGAAGAUAACAUAGAAGAAAACCUAGAAGACCUUGGAUGUGGCAAUACUUUUUAAAAUCCGACAUGGAAGACAUGAUCCAUAAAAGAAAUAAUUGAUAAACUGGACUUUAUUAAAAUUAAAAACUUCUGCUCUAAAAAAGGCAUUGUCAAGAGAAUGAGAAGACAAGCACAAAUUGAGAGAAAAUAUUUGCAAAAGACACAACUGAUAAAGGACUCUUAAGACUCAGCAAUAAGAAAAUAAACAGCUGAUUAAAAAUGGACUAAGACCUUAAUAGACACCUCACCAAGGAAGAUAUGCAGAUAGCAAAUAAGCAUUUGAAAAUAUGGUCCACAUCAUAUAUCAUCAGAAAAAAAGAGACCACUACAAAUCUAUGAAUCUAUGAGAAUGGCCAAAAUCUGGAACACUGAUAAUUAUAAAUGUUGGUGAAGAUAUAGAGCAACAGGAAAUUUCAUUUCAUUGCUGGUGGGAAUACAAAAUUGUACAGCCACUUUGGGAUACAAUUUGGUGGUUUCUUACAAAACUAAACAUAGUCCUACCAAGUGAUACAGUAUUCACACUCCUUGACAUUUACCCAAGUCUGCAUGCUCCAGGACAGGAGCCUGGCCAGGAGGGAGACACAAGAGGAAGAAUGGCUGCAGGAUUGCUGACAACCUGGUCACAGGACUCGGUGACCUUUGAGGAAGUGGCAGUGGACUUUUCACAGGAGGAGUGGGCACUGCUGGACCCUGCUCAGAAAAUCCUGUACAGAGACGUGAUGCUGGAGAACUUUAGGAACCUGGCCUCAGUGGGGUAUCAUCUCUGCAAACACAGUCUGAUCACUGAGGUGGAGCAGGAAGAGCUGAGGCCAGAGCAGAGAGGAAUUCUCCAGGGUGCUUAUAGAGACCGGGAUACUCAACUUAAAUCAAAAGACGCAAUUCUUACACACAAUGUUCCUGGGGAAAAAACUUCCAAUGGCAUAAAAAUGGCAGCAACUCACCCUGGUGAGAAACCAAUGGAAUUUAAUCAUUGUGGAAAAUUCUUCAGAAAGAACUGUCACCUUAUUUGUCCAAGAUAUUGCAAGAGAGAUAAAUGCUACAAAUAUAAAGAAUAUGGGCAAGACUCUGGCCAUCCCUCAACUCUUAGGAGUCAUGUGAGUACUCACACUGGAGAGAAAAUUACUGAAUUUAAUGGUUGUGGAAAAAUUUUCAAUCAAGAAUCAUCCCUUAGGAAACACUUAACUCUCACAGGAGAGAAAUCUUCUGAGUGUAAUCAACAUCUUAUGUCCUUCAACUUACACUCUUCCUUUUCAGUACAUGAACAAAUACCUACUGGAGAGAAACUCUGUGAAUGCAGUGACUAUGGAAAAAUAUCUUCCCUUAGUUUCCACAAAAAAAUGUGUACUGUGGAGGAAAGCUCAAAAUGUAAUGAACAUGGGAAAGUUUUCACUGGCCCCUUGUCCCUUCAGAUAUGUGUGAGACCUCACACUGGAGAGAAACGUUAUGAAUGUAGCAAUUGUGGGAAAGCCUUUGUUUUUCAGUCUUCCCUUAAGAAACAUGUGAGAUCACACACUGGAGAGAAACCUUACGAGUGUAAUCAUUGUGGAAAAUCCUUCAGCCAGAGCUCUCAUCUUAAUGUGCACAAAAGAACUCACACUGGAGAGAAACCCUACGACUGUAAGGAAUGUGGCAAGGCUUUCACUGUUCCUUCAUCCCUUCAGAAACAUAUGAGAACCCACACUGGAGAGAAACCCUAUGAAUGCAGUGACUGUGGGAAACCCUUUAUUGAUCAGUCAUCCCUUAAGAAACAUACACGAUCUCACACUGGAGAGAAACCUUAUGAGUGUAAUCAAUGUGGAAAAUCCUUCAGCACAGGCUCUUAUCUUAUUGUGCACAGGAGAACUCACACUGGAGAGAAAACCUAUGAGUGUAAAGAAUGUGGGAAGGCCUUUAGGAAUUCCUCUUGCCUAAGGGUACAUAUGAGAACUCACACAGGAGAGAAGCCCUAUAAAUGUAUUCAGUGUGGAAAAGCAUUCAGCACCAGCACUAACCUUAUAAUGCACAAACGAAUACAUACUGGGCAGAAACUAUAUGAAUGAAAUGACUACAGGCUAGCCUUAAGGGGUCCUUCACAUCUCACUCAUUUUAGAACUCACUCUGGAGAGAAACCCUGUUGUGACCAAUUUAGAAAGCCUUCAGGCACAACUCUUAAGUCACGUUAUACUGGGACCAACCUUAUAAAUGUUAUGGUUCUGUGAUUGUAUUUAUCAGUGAGUGUUUAAUCUUUAAAGUGUGACAAUUCAUUAAUUGAUGAGUAUUAAAGAUUAUACAGCACUCUAAAUUCCCCUUUAUCUACAUCACAGAAGUUUUGACAUAUAAUGUCUUUAUUGUAAUUAAGUACUAAAUAUUGUCCAUUUCUCAUCAAGAUGUCUUGGACCAAACUAUAGGUUAUUUAGAAAUAUAUAUUUUAAUGUGCAGACUCUGUGCGUAUUUUAGUUAUCUUUUAGUUAUAGAUUUCUAAAUUAAUUGCAUUAUGCACAGAAUGCAUGGUCUUCGUGAUACAGAUUCUAUAAGACAUAGAUUCAAACAGAAAAUUAUUAGAGACUUGCUACAUGGCCUAAUGUGUGAGACAUAAGAAGUUGCUGUCCCAAUAUCCAUUCCUCCCCUCCUUCUUUCAAGUAACAAAACUACAACUGUAUUCAAAUUAGCAGCGUGGAUAGUUCUUAAGGAUUCAUCUCCCAGCUUUCCUUGCAGCUGUGACUUCCUAUGAGCCCACAGUCCUGGCCAAUGAGAAAGGAGGCAGAGGUCACUGCUUAUGGGUUCUAAAGAAUUCCAUGGGAAUGGAAGCAUCGCAUCUGGCGUUUUCACUUUACCAUUUGCCCUUUGUUUUAUCUCUUCUUUUUUCCUAGAGAAUAGACCAAUAGGAUGACAGUCAUACACUACUGAUUAUAUAAUAAGGACAUAUUAUUUAGCUAUGUAUAAGCAACUAUGGGUUGCUUAUUUCUGGACUUCUUGUAACAUGAAAAAAAUAAACUAACUGGUUUAACA